AUGACCAAGGUUAAAGUAGGCAAGGAAGAUUCUUCAUCUACUGAAUUUGUAGAGAAAAGAAGAGCAGCUCUUGAAAGGUAUCUACAACGAACAGUGAAACACCCAACCUUGUUACAGGAUCCAGAUUUAAGACAGUUCUUGGAAAGUUCUGAGCUGCCGAGAGCGGUUAACACCCAGGCUCUGAGUGGAGCAGGAAUAUUGAGGAUGGUGAACAAGGCUGCCGACGCUGUCAACAAAAUGACAAUCAAGAUGAAUGAAUCGGAUGCAUGGUUUGAAGAAAAACAGCAGCAAUUUGAGAAUCUGGAUCAGCAACUUAGGAAACUUCAUACUAGUGUCGAAGCAUUAGUCUGCCACAGAAAAGAGCUUUCAGCCAACACAGCUGCCUUUGCUAAAAGUGCUGCCAUGUUAGGUAACUCUGAGGACCACACUGCUCUAUCUAGAGCUUUGUCACAGCUUGCAGAGGUUGAGGAGAAGAUAGAUCAAUUGCAUCAAGAACAAGCUUUUGCUGAUUUCUAUGUGUUCUCAGAACUGCUUGGUGAUUACAUUCGUCUCAUUGCUGCGGUAAAAGGUGUGUUUGACCAUCGAAUGAAAUGCUGGCAGAAGUGGCAAGAUGCUCAGGUCACUUUACAAAAAAAACGUGAAGCUGAAGCAAAGCUCCAGCUUGCCAACAAACCUGAUAAAUUGCAGCAAGCUAAAGAUGAGAUAAAAGAGGAAAUUGAAGAGUGGGAGACAAAAGUUCAGCAAGGGGAAAAAGAUUUUGAACAGAUCUCCAAAACCAUUCGCAAGGAAGUGGGAAGAUUUGAGAAGGAACGAGUGAAAGACUUUAAAAGUGUUAUUAUCAAGUACUUAGAGUCGUUAGUGCAAACACAACAGCAGCUAAUAAAAUACUGGGAGGCAUUCCUACCAGAAGCCAAAGCCAUCGCCUAAAAGAAGAAUAUUCCAAAUGACAAGAAACUCUGGAUGUUUGUCCUGGAUAAAACUAAAUUCCACCGUGAAAUCACUUAAAUCAUCCAAAUAAACCACUAUAUAUUUUAUGAAUUAACAUGUGGCUUUUUUUAUAUAUUCUACAGCAUUUUAUUAACAAGCUGCAUGUCCUGACCCUCUUUGAAGUGGACUGUGGCAUGAUGUUCUGCAAUACAUUGCUGAAUUGAACACUAUCAUGUCUUAAUACUUGCACUGAAACGUGCACUGCAAGGCCAGAAAGCUGAUAUUUUUGUUCUUUACAAUACAAUGUUCUGUAGUACAUUUACCUGAUCUUUAUGAAACAAAUUUAUUGCAUUGAUUAAUGUUCACUUAAACAUUCCUGUACAAAAUCAUGUUUUUGUGAUUACAGUAAUAAAGGGAUGUACCUUGUGAA